AUGGCAACGGUGUCUUUAGGGCUAAACGAGACUGACGACCAUUCCAUUUCCAACAGCGUAUCAACUGUGUCAAGAAGACGAAGGCGGAGAAACGGUAGUUUGAGGCUGAGUAAAAAGCCUGCUCCCAAGCCUGACCUUCUGAAUGUCUGGGGGACAUUACAACUCAAUACUCACCCCAUUGUACAGUUUCCAAAAGUCACCACCAUCCCAUUAUCCUUUGUACAUGAUGACAAAGAGCAAGUUGAGCCAGACAACCCAGGAGGCCCAGAAGGUGAUCUACAUAGCUCAAUGCUGAAGUCCAUCAUGAAACCAAACAAACUAGUGGACGAGGAGCAAUUGGGUAAAAAAACGGUCUCGUUCAAGGACGAGGUAUCGGUGAGAAGUAGCUCUUUGAGAAGUAUCCAUAAUACUGCUUCUACACAUAUUCUUGCAGCACAUACAAAUCGCAAUUAUAGGGACUCUCCAGUUCGAUCAAAACUACUCAACAACAAUUUAUUCCAAAGACCAACGAGCAAAGAAUUGGAGCAGUUCCAAACAGAGCCCUCAAACUUGGACAUUCUAUGCUUUGAGCCCGAGCAUUCGACGCCAGAAGAUGCAGACCGAACACUAGAUAGUGUGUGUGAUUCCGAGAAGCAGUUAUCUCAUGAAAGCCAAAAGGAGGAAGAAAAGUCAGAGGAAAUGAUACCUGAGCCUGACAAGACUUCACGUAGCAGUUCUUUUACCGAUGUGUUUGAUACUGUCAACGAAUCGAGGAGGUUGUCAAACACGAAAGAAAAAGUGGAAACAAAUAACGACUGCGAUUCAAGCGAUGUGCAGAAAAACGAUGUAGACGCAAUCGAUCAGCAAAUAAAAACAUUAAAGCAGAAACGAAAAGAGAUCAUCAAGAAACAACGUCAUGGGUCUUGGUUCCAUGGAGGGCUGAUAGAAUUUAUAAAAACAAAGACUAAACAUGAUGCCCCUUCAACGCCAAGUGAGACCUUCGACACAAGUUCUGAUAUUGUACAUGCUUUUAUGGAGCUGGAGCAAAAUUGCAAUGGGACCCAAAGCAGCACAGGAGAGUAUUCCACUGGCUCUACAUUUUCAUCUGAUUUGGAAACUCCCAACAGCUCCCGAAGACUCAGUAUUGGAGAAUUUUUCAAGAAGAGACAACGAACUCCAAUCAAUACCAAUGCUUCUGAGUCUAUAGCGUCGCUCUUGGAAAGCCUUCAGCUCACACCAUUGCAUCUGGCUCCAGAAGUUAGACAUAGUCAUAGUGGAUGUGAGCAAGAUAUCAAUACUAUUUUGAGUCGAAACAUUUAA